AUGCCCCUGGUGGACCCGCCGGCCUGGUCCCACGACGACGGUUGCUCGCCGCUUGCGCCGACGCCUUGUGUCGACCCCUAUCAGACUAUGCCGUCUGAAGACGAGCCCGUACCUGGAUAUUACGACCCGCUACCCCCAUACUACGAGGGAAACACGAUGCCGUCUGAGCUUCAGAUGGAGGGCAUCAUGAAUGGUGAGUUGAGCAUGGAGAGUCUCUUGGACGGUGAGUUGAGCAUCGAGACUCUCAUGGACGGUGUGUUGAGUGGUGAUGAGUCUAGCUUUGACGAGGAAAUGACACUGCCCCAGUCGUCGCCUCCACCUAGCCCGACUUACAAGGAUCUGACGCCAACAGAGGAAGACGAUGCACCUGGCGAGGAAGACACAUCUCCCCUUGGAGUAGAGGAGUAUCAGGAGUACCUCUCGAAACCCUGA